AUGCAGAAAUUGUUGAUGUUGAUGCUCUACACUAUUUAUGUUGAUCUUGAUCUUGAUGUUGAUAAAGGAGAUGAUGAAGUUGAAGAUAAUCAGGGUGGCGGUCAUAGAGUAUCUUGGGUAUGGCAACAUUGUGAUCGAGAGGACGUAAAGAAGGGUGCUAUGAAAGUGAAAUGUUCAUAUUGUCCAACAAUGAUGUGUACAAAUUCGAAGAAAAAUGGUAUGAGUGCAAUGGGAAGUCAUUUAAGACUCUAUUGUCCAAGAUCUCCUUUUUACAACCCUAAAGGUAAACUUGGUGAUACAAAAAACAAUUUGUGUUGA